ACCACUCUACUCAGUAGCGAUCCAGUGCUUCCGUUCGCGCCGGCAGGGCAGCCUUGCUUGCUGAUUCCCAGGGCUGGAAACAUCUCCAUUUGUUGUAAGUCGGUACCAGACAGCAGCACGAAUAGGCAUAAAGUAGACCACUCUCAAAACUCUCCCCACGCGUACUCUCACUCCUUGUCCUCAAGCUCGUCUUGUUUCUUUCGCUCCGAGUUUCCUUCCUCCCCCGGCCGAGCCAAAGUUUGUGGAGCUGAGAGUCAUACGGUCACGCUCACGAGUACGUCCAGUCACGAGUAUGAUCGAUUGAUCGGAGCGAGACCUCGACUCCUUCUCCCCUCAAGCCCACGUUUGCCGUCAUGAUUUCGCGAAGCUGAACAUUGCCUGCAGCUAAAACCUGCCACGCAGACAGACGACCGGGUUGAGGAGUGGGAGAGAGAGAGAGCAGACGGAGGAGACGGCAUGCUUAGGGUUUAGGGGCCAGUUAAGGCGAGGCAUCCGCUGCCACUGAAGAGCCACGCGGCUCUCGCGCGCCGGGAAGGGAGGGCGAGAGAGAGGGCGCUGCGGUCACACCGCUGCCACGGCGGCGUGGGGCGCUUAUGACCGGCAGCUUGCGCCGAAGAAGGCGACGAAGGUCGCGACAAGAAUCGCCUCCAUGACCCAAACAGACUCCCACCCCGGCUCUGAAGCACAUCGUGGUGUAUUUGACGCGGACAGUCUGUCCCCUCUCGUGCGCGCUCCGGCCCCGCUUGUCCAAUCUGCGAUCGUCAACUCACUGUGCGCCGAAACCUCGUUCCGCCCGGCUCCGCUCCCCCUUGUUCCCCUGGCUCCGCGGUUUUCCGCUGAUUUGAAUGCUGCCGCCGAUUGUUCGAAAUUCUCCAAGAACGCAUUAGGUGAUGAGCUGAUUGGUGGGCAAUACCGUCGCAUCCGUCGCGUCGGCGCGGGGUCGCAGGCUGUCGUCUGGGAAUGCGAGGACAUUGCGACAUCGCUGCGGGUCGCAUGCAAGAGCUACGCGAUCGAGCAGGCUCCGAUGCGCGACAUUACGGCGGAGGUGCGAUCGCUGGAAAUCGUGGGCGACCAUCCGAACGUCGUGCGACUGCUCGACGUGAUCGUCGAGCGACGAAGCAGCGUCGCAGGAGGGCCAGACACUGCGUGUACCCUGAACCCUCGUACAAGGGUGCAUGGCACGCGCAUCACUGAAGCUGAAACGAGACGACCUGCGACAAAUGCGGUGGUUAAGGACCGUUCGAAUCAUGUGGCAAGCGCUGCUGCGACAGGUGCAGCUGGGACAGGCGGAGCUGGGACAGGCGCAACCGCAGUGAGUGCCCAGACAGACCUACCUCCUACAGCCGCUUCCGCGCGUCCGAUAUCUGCCGCGUCAUCUCAGCCGUCCGAUGCAUCCCUUGACGCGGAGGUGCACGUGCUGAUGGAGCUGGUGCCCGGCGACGACCUCCUGACUGAGAUUCUGAAGCGCGGCCCCAUCGCCGAGCCGCUCGCGUCGGCUUUGUUUCUCCAGCUCGCAUCGGCCGUCGCGUACUGCCACGCGUCGGGCGUCAUGCACCGCGACAUCAAGCCGGAUAACGUUCUGCUGCUCCGCCCUCCUCCUGGUACCGCCGUCGGCGGGUCGUGCAUUGUGACGGAGCAUGCGGCAGGCUGUGCGACGGAGCCGGCGUUGGAGAGAGUGGCGAAACAAACGGGCGAAAAAGCAGCAUUCGCAGGAGCAUUAUCUGCAGCGCCAUGUCACAUGGAAAGAGGAGUAGCUGACCCACCGAGCUCAGGCCGACCGAGCACCAAGGCUGGCAUUACGGUAGUGAACGGAGCCACGGCAGCGAGCAGCGCGGCUUUACUGCCGGCGGGCGGGGGGAGAAAGGCAUCGCGUGAGCCCCGCGCGGAGGAGAGCCUCUGGGGAUGGCUCAUGGGCGCGCGGCUGUUCCCUUCCGCUGCCGCUGGUAGAGCCGCGGGUUCCGACGGGCUCGGCGCGCAGGGCAAGGGCGCGGACAGUCCGCUGAGGGUUGUCCCUGGGAAGGUCGUGGGGCGGCGGUUCGCAGGGAGGAGCACGCGCGUGCAUCCAGUGGUGGGGGAUGAGCCGACUAGCGGCGCUACUGAGUUGACCGCGCAACCCGCUGCUGCUCCUGCUGCUGCUGGUGCUGCGCACUCGAUCUCGCACGCGCGCUCACAAGCUUUUGACCCCCAGCCUUCCGCUUCCGCCACUCUCCAUUCCCCGAUUGCUUCCGCCUUCCCCUCGUUCUCGUCCACCCUCUCUGGCGCCCUUGCGCCUGCGCCCUCCCCCACAUCCGUUCUCCCCUCGCCUACGCUUGUGUCGCACUUUCUAGCACACACGUCCACACCCACCGUUCCCCGCCCUCUUUCUUUUACCACUGGCGGAGGGCUUGGGGAGCGGUGCUCCCCCUUCCACGGCGAUUCCACGGAAAGCAGCACGCUUUCCGCCAUGGGCGCGGGGUGGGCGCACGUGGGCGCGGAGAGGGGCAUCUGGGGGUGAAGCUGGCGGACUUUGCGCUGUCUACAGUGGUGGCGGGGGGGAUGCGCGGGGCGAUGGCGGACAAGGGCGCGGGGACGCGGCAGUACAUGGCGCCCGAGAUACUGCUGCUGGAGGUGCGGCGGAGAAUGGCAAAGGAGAGGAGGCGGAGUCAGGGC